GGAGGAGCUUAUGUUGUGACAAGAGCGACUGCUGCUUCUUCUGAGUUUGUCAGCUCAGCUCCCGAAAAUAGAAGCCGUGUGUCAAUGUGACUGAAAAUACAUUUAUGUCACAGUGUAUCCACGGGAGUCACUGAUACACAGUAUCUAUAUACAGCGAGGGGGACCACGGAGAAAAAAGGGCAUUUUACCCGAGGAAGAGAAAGCACCAGGAAGCUCCAAGUCGAGAGAAGGCAUUGAAAGCCAAGGAAGAAAGAACGUAAAUAAGCUGGAUAUUUUGGGUCCAGGACUGAGGAUUGCGCCGCUUCGUUUGUUAGGGUCGUGGACACCUUGAGAAAGAGGCACAGACGGAAAGAGAGUGAGAGAGAAAGACUCGAGAAGAAAGAGUGGAGUACAAUGUGCUAGGAGAGUGAAGGCAGACAAACUCUCGUGUUUUUCUGAUAUUCUCGGGGUGUCAGAGAGACCAAGCAGGACGCCAAGAUGGGACGGAAGAAGAUACAGAUCACGCGGAUCAUGGAUGAGAGGAACCGGCAGGUUACCUUCACGAAGCGGAAGUUUGGUUUGAUGAAGAAAGCUUAUGAGCUGAGCGUAUUGUGUGACUGUGAGAUUGCCCUGAUUAUAUUCAACAGCUCGAACAAACUCUUUCAGUAUGCCAGCACUGACAUGGACAAAGUCCUACUUAAGUACACAGAAUACAAUGAACCCCACGAGAGCAGAACCAACUCUGACAUUGUAGAGAAAUUAAGAAACAAAGGCCAUAAUGACUGUCCCAGUCCCGAUCCAGAUGACUGUUUCGGUCACAGUCCCCUCAUGGACGACCGUUUCGGCAAACUAAACGAAGAGAGUGAUUUAAUGUACAAGCGCUGUGGUGCGCUUAACAAGAAAGAACACAGAGGCUGUGAUAGCCCGGAUCCUGAUGCCUCAUAUGUCCUCACCCCUCACACAGAAGAAAAAUAUAAAAAAAUUAAUGAAGAGUUUGAUAAUAUGAUGCGAAAUCAUAAAAUCCCGACGGCCUUGCCCCCGCAAAACUUCUCCAUGCAUGUGGCUGUGCCAGUGACGAACCCCAACGCCAUGUCCUACAACCCUGGGGCUUCUCUGAGCAGCCAGAGCCUGUCGGCCGCUGCCUCUCUGAGUGACGGUGCCAUGCUGUCUCCACCUCAAGGUUCAAUGCACAGAAGCGUAGUGCCCCCACAGAGACCCCCCAGCACAGGCAGCACAGCAGGAAACGGCUUCGUUAACCCGAGGGGCUCGCCGGGGCUUCUGGGUACACCCAGCGGGAACGGACUUGGUAAAGUCAUGCCUGCGAAGUCACCGCCACCACCGGGAGGCAACAUGGGCAUCGGCAGCCGCAAGCCAGACUUGAGAGUCGUCAUCCCCCCAUCCAGCAAGGGCAUGAUGCCACCCCUGUCAGAGGAGGAAGAGAUGGAGUUGAACACCCAGAGGAUAAGCAGUUCCCAGUCGACUCAGCCUCUCGCCACACCGGUGGUCUCCGUCACCACCCCAAGUUUGGCACCUCAAGGCCUGGUCUACUCAGGCAUGCCCACUGCCUACAACUCUGAAUACUCCCUGAGCAGUGCUGAGCUCUCCUCUCUGCAAGGCUUUGGCUCUCCAGGGCUCUCUAUAGGCUCAGUGUCGGCAUGGCAACAGCAUCAACUGGGCCAGGCAGCUCUCAGCUCGCUGGUAGGUGGCGGUCACUUACCUCAGGGCUCAAACCUCUCCAUCAACACCAGCCAGAAUGUCAACAUUAAAUCAGAGCCCAUCUCUCCUCCACGCGAGCGUGUAACCCCAUCUGGUUUCCCACCACAGCAGCAGCAGCCUCCCUCUGGCCGUCCUGACAUGGGCCGCUCACCCGUUGACAGCCUCAGCUCCUCCUGCUCCUCCUACGAUGGCAGCGACCGAGAGGAUCACCGGCCAGAUUUCCACUCCCCGCUUGGCCUGGGUCGACCUCCAGCCGGUGGGGCAGACGAGAGGGAGAGUCCAUCAGUCAAGCGCAUGCGCAUGGACACCUGGGUGACAUAAAGCUGUCCGAAAGCCGACAGCCAGUCAGUCACACACAGGGCUGGGCAGGGGGAAAGGGAGAGAGAGAGGUUUGACAGCAGGGAGGGUCAUUAUUGUUGUUAUUAUUAUAUUCUAUUGUUAUAAUUUAACGUCAUUUCACUUUUUUUUGUAAGUAGGUGGACGGGGAAAGAAAUCGAAAAUGUCCUGACAUAUCGAAAUUUAGCAGAUGAGUGGAGAGAGAGAGAGAAAUCUCAAGUCGAGCAGUCAGAAUAAAUGGUGUACUCAAAAAAACAAAAAAAAAUUCAUAAAAAAAAAAAUACCGGUGUUAUCAGGUACUGCAUUGUGCAAAAGUCCAAUGUAUGAAGAAAACCUCUUCGAUUAUUGUCGUCACUGGUGCAGUUUGACACUUGUAGCUGUUUUUCGCUGUUGAAUUUGCAAACAAUCAAAGAAAGUUUAGGGGCGGCUUUCUGUCAGAAGGCUUUCACCUGCUGGGCUCACGUAUUAAACAAUCCGUAUCUGCACUCGCCCUUAUAUGAAGUAUGUCACUUAAUAAUUUAUUUAAAGGUAUUUGACGAUAGGUUUGGAUCAGUUAUAUGAGGGUAGGCUUGUAUCUAAAAUGAGGUUUCAGAUAAGACAUUAAGUAAAAGAAAUGAAAAUGUCUCUAAAUUUAUCAAGUCGUCGAUUCAAUUCUCAAUAUUUUCUAUGGGUGUUUUUAACAAGCGGGAAGAAAGUGCUAGUCUGGGGUGCGUUUCCCAAACAACAACUUAACUCGUGGCUGAACUAUCAUAGUAAGAUGGAUUAUUUGGGGAAAGAAUUAUGUAAUAUUAUUAAUAUAUUAUUAUUCGUUGUUCGAAUGUUCGUUGGAAAAACGAAUUUGGGAAACGCCAUAUCAAAAACUAUGUAACAACAGAACUUGCGACCUUAGUUAGCUAACGAUGGUUUUGGGAAACGCACCCCUGGUUUAUUUAGAGACGGAAGCAAGUCGUUGUACAUUCAUGCAGCUCCAACAACUCAAUGGUAACGCAAGCCAAAGCCUCUAUGUAAUUUUGUCGUACUGUAGGUUGGGAAUUUUCAGCAUUUCUCUCUCGAUGUUCGUUUCAUAUCGGUUCUGUCAUAGUGUGCAUUGUUACAAGCAUUGGAAAACCAUGCAAAGCAGAUCUUGAAAUGAUAUCUAAAGCCAUGAACACUUGCUGUUCUGUUUGUAAAUUAAAGAUUUGAGCCAAACCUUUUUUUUCUUUUUUUUUGUUAUGUAAAUAGCGACUUUAAUAUAUCACUUUGGUGUAAGUACGUAUGUAUUGUACCUUCACCAGAUUCAAGAAAAAAAGUAUAUUUUUGUGGAUUACUGCCAAGUUUACAAGGCGAGAUCCUUAUUAAGUAGAGUAUUCACUGGUUAAUAUUUACUAUUUUGUUAACUAUACUGUACUUUCGUCAAAUCUGACUAUUAUUGGUAAUAAUCAAAGUGUUUUCUGUUUUCAAGAAGGUCAUUUCUUUUUUUUUUUUUUUUUGGGUCGUUUACCCUUUAAUGGUGGUGAAUGUCUGUCCAUAAGAAAUUGUAACAACAGAGCUCGGUUUAAGCUCGACUGUCUUUAUUUUGUUGUUUUGUAAAAACGACACUCGUCAUGCUAAGAAAAAACAAUUGCAUUUCUUACAACUGUUUUGUGAGGGAUUAGCCUUCAGCUGCUGAAUACACUGCCUACUUUAACCCAUCGCGGCUUAGAUGCACUAUUCAUCGAAACCCACCGACAUUCCCUCGGUUUAUAUAGAAAGCUCGUUUUCGUUGAAACCCCCUUGCUAAAUUCAUUUCAACCGAAUCCCUCGGAUAUUGUAAAUACCAUAACUUUAAUCAACCCGAAUACAUACUAUGUACAGAACGCCUUGGCGGUUAUUUUGUGAAUUGGCUCAUCUACGGAUUUCCUAAUGUUAAAGGAGACACCUUAAGGAGGCGAUGUUCUGUAUUGCUGGACAAGAGGGAGCGCUGUAGCUCUCUCCACCGUUGCGUUUGGCUCUAUGUGUGCAUAUCCCUUCAUGUGUGGCUGUUUGUUUGUGCGGCACAAGCGUCUGGUAGCAGUGGCCUCCAGCUUGCAUCACACCUCACUGCCCCUCAGGUGGCGAAACGUCAGGGGAUUCAGCAGCUAAAGAUGGAAAUACUAGACAAUGCAAACAAACUUGGACAUGAUCUCUCUACUGGAUUGCACACACACUCAAAAAGUUUGUAUGUUCGAGUUUGCCAUUGAAGGCUUUCCUCUUUAGAUUUGUUAUGUAUUCGGUUGGCGUGUGCACAUUACCUCCCUGCCCUCUUGAGCACCACAGCAACUGGCAAUAAGCUGAUGUUAAUCUAUGCAGUCCCCAACCCACACAUAGCCAGAAACACGAAGCAUUCACUUUGAUAGUGGAAUCCUUGACAUAUAAAAGAUAAAUAAAUAAAUUGAGAGAAAAAAAAAGAUUAAACAAAGUCAUGCAUAUUAUAUUAUAUUAUCAUAUAAGCCCAUUAAUCACACGAUGUUGCCUAGUUCAUGAAUAAAGUGCUCUUUUUUUGAGCAGGUGUGAAAAUGACUGUUAACCCUUUUGUCCUUAAGUGCUUGCAUAUUACUAAGAUAGUUCAGACAAAAACAUUAAUUCUGUUAUUGAUAGUCAUUAAUCAUUCAUUUUAUUGAUAUUGAGGCAGAUUGUACCACUUUUUUUGUAAACCAGCACAUAGCUGAACCCUCAACCUUUCAAAUUGUCCACUAUUUGAUUGAAUUUGUCUAUUCAUUAAGCCUGAUCUCACAAGAGUUGUAACUAUUUUACAUUUGUCAGAAUUUUUAAAUAGCGGUUGCGCUAUAUCCCAUAUUAUGAGAUUAUCAUGAGAUUGCGCUAGUUUGUUCGAUUUGUCCACCCCUAUAACCAUUAUUAUCGGGAGAUGAGCAAAUCAUACUAAAAUGUACGAAUGAGAUCAUACAUAUUCAAAUGAAUUAGCCGGUUAAUCAAAACAUUAAGAAUUGGCAUGAGAUUGCUUUGGUUUGUUCUACCUUAUUCUGUGAUGUGGAAGUGCACUCGUUUAUGCAGUUGCCUAUAGGAAAAAUGAUUGGGAAUAAUAAACGGCAGAACAUGGUGAAACUACUUGCUCUACAAACAAGUGUGUCCAUGACUAUAUAGACGAAUCAGAAUAAUACAAUUGGAAAAUAUCAGUUUACAGCAUAUGGAGCUGUUUUUAAUUUCUAAAAGUGAAUGGAGAUGAAUGAGAUCGGAAGUCUCGAUCUAAAAUGUUCAAUUGGCUCGUACGUGGAGAGUAGUAACGAGUAGUUGUAGCCUAAUGUUAAUGAGAAAAUGUUUUUCUUGUUCCAUCUCAGACUCUUUUCCUACUGUAUACUUCAUUUAUUUUGUUAGUUUUAUUUUAUUGAACACAAAAACGUUCAACAUAUAAUCAAUUUGAUAGCAUUUGGCACUGAAAACAUGCGUGUUAGAAAGAAUUAUCCUUGUCCAGUUUCUGCAAUUUUUUCUCUUCACUACUUAUAACGACAAAAAAUUAUCAUUAGCUAUGUUUCCAUGCAAAGAUGCAAACUAAAUGUAUGCGCAAAACUGGAAUAUCGCAAAAAAGACGUGGGAAUAAAGCAACAUUUCCAUCCAACGGGUCAAAGAGAACAAAAUCGUCACUUUCUGAUUAACUGGCGCCAAAUAUCAAAAUAAAAUGAAAUUAGCUGCGGUAGGAGAAGCUGCGUCAAUCUUUUCUUAACUUAAUUAAUUACUUACACCUCAGAAGACAAAUGCCGAUAUGCAAUGAACGUGGAGUGGCGUUUAAAGGCAUAAGACGCAGAGUGCAGACGCUCUUGAUUUUGGAGGUAACUAAUAAUAUAAUAACACUAUUACUGUAAUAGAUACAGCAUUAAUGAAUGGCCAAAACAACAUUUCAGAUGUUUUACAUUGUGCUCAGCCUGCUGGUUUAUCCAUUUACACACGUUUUUGUCAUCAUAUGAUCUCUUCUAACAAAUCACAUUAUUUUUUAUGCGCAUACUGGAAUUUGUUCGUUAAAAGUGUUUCCAUCAAAGUUUAUGUGCAAAUUUUCGAAUAAAACAUUUAUCCUACUUAGUAUUGCGCAUACAUUUUUAUGCGCAUUUUCAAAACAUAUGUGCAUCUUGGCGUUUUCAUCGCAUUUUUUUAAGCACAUAUCCAAAAUGUGCGUAAAAGUAGGUGGAUGAAAACGUAGCUAAUGUAAUCGUUUAAAAUAGAGUUGUGUAAAGUUGUUUAUGUGUCGUCUCUUUUGUUUCUUUUUUUUUUUUACUUGAAAUGACACUGUUGACACCUUGUGGACGAAAUAAGUAGUGCAAAAUAAUAAUUUAGAGUUCCGCCUUAACAGGCCACCUGAAGAUAUUUAAUUAGUUGCCACUUUAACAGCCAAACUGUGUCUGUGUUGUUCAAUUUGAUGCUUUGACCUCCUUUCACAACACUUCAUGCCAAUGGUGAUAUGAUACCUUAGUCUACAUUUAUUCACUCACAGAUAUAUUAUAAAGAUUUUUUUUAUUGUGUGCAAUUACAUCUAAUAGUGUCCUGAACCAAAUUCCACUGAUGUUUUCUAAAGACAUUGAUCAAAAACUGGCUUUGAACAAACCGAAGAUGACAGAAUUCAAAUGUUUUGGUUGAACUAUCACUUUAUAAAGUUAUAAAGGCACACCGACUAAAUACGACAACCACAAGAGCCAUGCAAACACUUCUUUAGCUUUAGAUUAAAUCUCAGAUGUACAAGCUUUGUUGCCUCAGCCUAAUUGAAACGCUCGCAAAUCCAUUAGAAAGUUUCACGACGUCUGUCAAAAAUCAUGCAGAGUUGAUCGCAAUCAAAGCUUUUCAGGGUAGACAAGCAAUAAUGCCAACCCAGUGUUAUGAAAGCACUGCGGAUUAAAAAAAAAAACAUGCAGGAUUUUCAUACUGCAACAAAUGCACACGCAAACACUCGACAUUAGUGCUUGAUUAGGAAUCAGGGAGUUUCUCUGCUACAUGCACAAUUAGAGCCUUAUUCCAAAGAGUUGCUGGUGCUCGGAAACAAAUCAAAUACGAAAUCAUUCAUCCCAUUUUGACUCCAUCAAAACAAAAUCAGCCUCGCUUCAGGGGUCCCAACACAAAACGCACACGGGAAAUACAUAAGAGAUCUGAAGGGCGGAGGCCGUUCUUUUGGUGUGUCACAAAACCGUUGAAUGUGAACGGAAGGGAUAAAGAGGAAACAACAAUUGUUUGUUGCGUACUUUCUUCACUUUGCUGUGCAAGAGUACACUGCUUUGCUUUAUGGCUUUUCUAAAUCAGAAUUAUGUAUUUGGUAAUUGUUUGUAGUUACUAGCUCACUUCAAGAAGCUGUUUGCGGUUUGGACGCUCAAACCGUUUGGCGGCACAAGCUGGACUUUGUUGCCAUAAAUGAAACGAGAUGUUUCGAAAAAGAAGAAAAAAGACAACAACAACAACAAAAAAAGUCAAACGUGAGAGAACUUUAAGUUAAUCUGCAUUAUAUUUCCCUUGAAUGUGUUGUUUUAUCUUCAUUAUACAAUAAAUAUUCUAGUGAACUUUUUAUUGAAUGACUUAAGAUAUUAUGCUAGAGAUUGUUGUACAAAUUUGUAUUCUGCAUUCACUAAAGUAAAGAUAUUGGCUUUUAUUGUGUAACAUAGGUUCUCUCGCUUAUUCUGUGCAAACUGAAGUGAACAAUUCUCUGAAUCUGAGUAGACUUUGUCCACAUGUGAAGUCCCAAACAUUAGAAUCUGUCCGCUUUAUUAAAAACCUCAUUGUACCCUCAA